AUGAAGAUCCUGUUCCUGCUCUUCCCCUUUUUCCUCCUCUUUCUCCAGGGUGCUGCAGGAAAUUCUGUCCUCUGCAGAAUAAGAGGGGGAAGUUGUCGUGUGGGGGGCUGCUUCUUCCAUGAAAGACGACAUGGGGUUGAUGCCCUGAAUUCUGUGAGCAGGAUGUCCCCCUCGCUUCUGGCUCCUGGAAACAGCUCCUGA